AUGAAUUCGGGGCCGUUCGAUUUCGGACGCAUCCGCGACGGUGGCGGCAUGCAGCGGCCGUUCGAAGACAUGUGGUCAAGCCGCAUUUCUGAACCCAGCCCGGGCAACGCCGACUGCAACGAAGGCCCGCCCGAGGCCGACGAUACAGGGCGGCAAGUCCGGCCGGACCAGCCGCGACGCAGAGAAACAAUAGCCUGGGUACAGCCUGUGCGGCCAGGCAUUAUAUCCUGGUGUACACCGUUCCUCGCAGGGCACAGCGGCGUCAACCAGCUCGGAGGCGUGUAUGUCAACGGACGGCCUCUGCCGGACUCGACGCGACAGAAGAUCGUCGAGCUGGCGCACUCCGGGGCCCGGCCGUGUGACAUCUCGCGCAUCCUCCAGGUCUCCAACGGAUGCGUCUCCAAGAUACUCGGAAGGUACUACGAGACGGGCUCAAUCCGGCCGCGAGCGAUCGGUGGCAGCAAGCCGCGCGUGGCGACCCCGGACGUGGUGGGCAAGAUCGCCGCGUUCAAGCGCGAGUGCCCGUCCAUCUUCGCCUGGGAGAUACGAGACCGGCUACUGUCCGAAGGAAUGUGCUCCGGCGACAACGUGCCCAGCGUCUCCUCCAUCAACCGGGUGCUGCGCAACCUGGCGGCGCAAAAGGAGCAGCAGCAGGCGGCCGUGCAGGGCGUGUACGACAAGCUUCGCGUGCUGAGCGGUGCCUCCCCGCUGAGCUCGGCCGCCGCGUGCUGGGGCCCCUGGCAGCCCGCGCAGCCGACGCAACCACAGGGUCCGCUGAACAAGAGCAGCGCAGAAGCGACGAAUGAGUUGAACAGAAAUGGGGACGGCGAUGACGAUGCGGCGGCGCGUUUGCGGCUCAAGCGCAAACUUCAGCGGAACCGAACCUCUUUUUCCAUGGAACAGAUAGAGGCGCUAGAAAAAGAGUUCGAGCGCACCCACUACCCGGACGUGUUCGCGCGGGAAAGGCUAGCCGCCAAGAUCGACCUGCCCGAGGCACGUAUUCAGGUCUGGUUCUCCAACCGCCGGGCGAAGUGGCGGCGCGAGGAAAAGCUACGCAGCCAGCGACGCGACGGAGGCAGCGGCGGCGCGACUGGUCUCGGCACCGGCUGCAGUCCUCCACGACCGAGUCCCGGCUACGCGAGUCCGCUCUACCCGUCCCUGCACGCGCCGUCGGGGUGCGCGGGGGGCACCGCGGGCGGCGUCGUGCCGGACGUGUACGGCAGCGGAUCGCCGGCCACGGGCUACGCUGCCGCUGCGGCGGCGGCUGCGGCGGCAGCGUCGUGCCUUCAGCAACAACAGCAGCACCACCAGCAACAGCAACAUCAGCAGUCGCACCACGGCUCGGCGACGGUGCCGCCCACGUCGCCGUACGCGCCUUGCGUGCUGGGGCCGUCGGGAGGCGCAGCGACCGCAGCGAGGUCUCCCUACGACUCAAUCACGGGACCCUACCCGUCCAGGCCUUCGCACCUCAACGCUCAGCUCGCUGGAGGUGGAUCUACGGGGCUCAUCUCUCCGGGCGUGUCGGUGCCCGUGCAAGUGCCCGGCCACAACAGCGGCGACCACCUGGCGUCCAGUUACUGGCCGCGGAUCCAGUAGGCGCCGCCUGACUCUGCGGCAGAGGCGAACGGGCGAAUGCCCCAGCGACUGGGAUACUUCUGAUGACGACCGGGACGCUGUAACACUCCACCAUCGCGAUCAUCAUCGGCCGACAGA